CCCCGGAGGCCAGUGCGCGGCCGCAGAGCUCGCCCUGCUCUUCGCUCCGCCCCCGGUGAGAGUCGGCGCCAGCAUGGAGGAGUACCACCGCCACUGCGACGAGGUUGGCUUCAAUGCUGAUGAAGCCCACAAUAUCGUCAAAGAGUGUGUGGAUGGGGUGUUAGGAGGUGAGGAUUACAACCAGAACAACAUCAACCAGUGGACUGCAAGCAUAGUGGAGCAGUCGCUCGCACAUUUGGUUAAGCUGGGGAAAGCUUACAAAUACAUUGUGACCUGUGCAGUGGUCCAGCGGAGUGCAUAUGGCUUUCACACAGCCAGCUCAUGUUUUUGGGACACCACAUCUGAUGGAACCUGCACUGUAAGAUGGGAGAACCGAACCAUGAACUGCAUUGUCAAUGUGUUUGCCAUUGCAAUUGUCCUGUGACCAUCUAAAAAUAUUGGGCUAAAGCCGCUCACUUAAGAAUGUGUCAGUGUAUCCUUUUCAAAAAGAGUAAUACUUACUUAUUACUAUGUUAGAUGACGAGUGCACAAUAUGCUUCAAAGCCAUCAACUAAACCUGACUACUAUAAGCAAAUAAUCUCACAGUACAUUAACAGAUUAUCUGAUAUUCUAUAUGGCAUCAUUAAAAUAAAAAAAUUAAUAUUAGCAAAAAAAUAAAUGGAGAAACAUGGCAUGAUAUGAAAUAUAAUCUUAUAUUUACACCAGCUUUUCAUGAACCUUAUUAAGUACCUAAGGAGAUAGGAAAAUCCAUUCAGAAAAUAGCAUUAUUUUUCAGCUAGAGAACUUACCAUGGAUAAAUAUGUGACCAAAAAAGCUACAAGGAAAAAUGUGGAGCAAUGACAAGAAUUAACUAACACUGCUUAGUUUUGUUUGUUUUAUUUUUCCCCUUAUUUAGUUGUGUAUAAUAUUUAGGGAAAAGUAGUUUUGUUCUUUUUCCUGUAACUAAUGUUAUAGUAGGAACUAUGAUUAACUUGCUCACUUUUUCUGAGAACUGAAAAAAAAAAUUAAAAAAAAAAUUAAAUUUCUUGGAUUUAUGCUAGUGGUUGUAUUAAAUCUGAUAACCUGAAAUUCCUAGUUAAACAAAAUUAGUUAUACCGUAUGAUGAAUAGUACAUGAUUCAGACAACUGCCUUACAAUCUACUCAUCCAUGUGGAACAAACAUUGAAUGCCUGUGUGAACAUACUUCUCAGUUAGGCAUUACAGUUAGCAUUGUGUUGUUCAAAUGCAAGUUCCUUUUGGCAGCUGUUCAUCUGGAAAACUAGCAUUUUUGUUUGGGGAAAGAAAAAAAGAGAUCAUUUAUAAGAGAGGAGAAGAGACUGACUGUCCACAUUGUCAGCAAAAUGAAGAGCACUUUCUGGUGACAGAAUUAUAAACAUAAUUUUAAGAGUUGUAUUUAGCAAGUUAAAAAUGCGUAAAAUAUGCAACUCUUAGUUAAAGGCCUUAUUAGUAGUCUUAACUAUACAAGUAGUAAAUUUUAUCAUUGCUUUAGUUAUUGCCAUUUGUAAAUAAUUUUUAAAACUUCAGGGGGCUGUAAAUUCAAUGGAGUAAAGUCUAAAUUAUAAGUAUACAAUCAUUAACAAGUUAUCUAAUAUCUCAGGGCUUAAGAACUAUUUUUAAAUUUAUUAAGAAAAUAAAAGUUAAAGAUUAGGGUACAUAGCUGGCCACCAAAAGCGAAGUCAAUCUGGUAUUUAACCUUGAAAACAAAAUCAAUCUUGCAUAUUACCAUUAACAGUACAGUAGAGACUGGAAUCAUGACUCAUUCUUGUAUUUUUUUUUUUUUUUUUGAGGCAAGGUCUCACUAUGUAGCCCAGGCUGGCCUCAAAACCAUGGCAAUCCACCUGCCUCAGCCUCCUGAGUCAUUCAAUUUUCUGUAGAAAAGCUUAGUGUUAGCUUGAGAAUAUUAAGGCAGUAUUCUUAUAGGAGUGCUAUGUGUGUGAUUGUAACAAUAAUUUUUCAACUUUAAGAAGAAGGUUAAGAAAAUAAAAGGAGAGACUUUAAUACAAUGAUCUGUGUUUGGAUACAUUAACAAUUUUAGCCAUUACCUUUAUAUUACCUUAUGCUGCUGGCUUUUGUGCCCCUGGAGAUUAUAAUAGUGACCAAAAUAUCUGUGCAAUUAAGACUUGUUUUUGAUUACUGUUGUUGAAGCCUGGUUUCAAAACAUCAAAUUAUACCUCGUAAGCUUGCUCUCUGCUCUGUUUCUAGUUACAGCAUAAUAAAGAUCAUCUUUCUGUGCUGUA